UCUCAUUAUUUAAUCCCACAAUGUUGAAGGGAACGUUUCGUUGCAACGACAAGUCAAGGAAAUAUCAUUCUUGUAUAAACAAAAUAUCAUAUCGAGUCUCGAUUGUCAACACAUUCAAGGGAAAUUAAUAUGAUCGACAUCAAAAGCGGAAAGAGCAAAGUUCAACGUGAAAGGUUGCCCGUGCCUAAAACAAUUUUUUUCCAUUCAAUAGAAAUAGUGAUGCGAAAAGUUUCGUAUCAGCGAUAAAACAGUGAUGUUUAGUGAUGCUGUAGUGGAAAAUGUGUUUCACAUUGUAACUUGCAUGUCAAUCGCCUAAUAAUCAGAAAAAAAUGACCACGCACAAAGGGAUUUCAAUGUCGUGUGAGGAUGGUCUCGAUGUCUCCGGUAAUGAGAAAAAAGUGGGCGGCAAUGAAGAAGAGGAGUUAACAAUGAAAAGGCCGAAGUGUAAACUCGACGCGAACGGUCGGCUAAAUUUGAAAGACAUUUUACUGUCUUUCAACGGGCCGGUUAAUCAAGAGCAAGCAUGGGCUUUGUGCUAUCAAACCGCCAAGAGUUUGUCACGUUUAUCAGAGAACAAUUUCUACGAAAUCACGGAGUUAUCGCAGAUCGUCCUUCACAAGGAUGGCGAUGUUUGGCUUGGCGAUCUAAUCGAAUCUGGAAAACCCCGCGUCUCCGAGAAAAAGGCAAUAUUCUCGUUAGGCUUGAUGAUAUUCAAAGCGCUUGAUUUCGGCCUAGAUGAACAGGAAGAAAGGCCUGUAUCACCAGAUUUGGAGAACCUUAUAACAUUAAUGACACGUGCAGAUCAAGAAAUUGAAGGAGAAACGGAAGAACGUCCGCAAGAGACGGAUGAUGAAGGCAUCGAGCGGGACUCUAGCGAUGCCGACGUCGAUGAAUUUUUAUCGCAGAAAAGUAACGAUACGUAUGACGAAAGACCGUCGCUGUAUUCAUUAAAAAACGUAAUGCAAUUGUGUAUCAGGCAUAUGCAAGCUUCUGUGGAGUCUGCUGAAAUUCAUUAUAAGGCUGUGAUACGGGCAUUCGUAGCUGAGGCUCUGGAACUGUCAUAUUUUUUGGAUACAGUAGCGGCUAAUAAAUUGCACGCUAGUCGAAGGGAAUCUGUUACUGAUAGCAACAAGCAUACCUCGAUGUCUGUUCAGAACCUUGAUACGUUAGAUUUUAUUGAUUGGACUGACAUUAGGAUUUGGAGGGCUAUACAAGCAAGAUUUUGGGUUCAAGUUAUCCAAGAAUUGAGGAAAGGUGUGAAACUGAAAAAGGUCGAAGCUAAUUUGAGUUCGAAGAAUCCUACUCGUGGACGCGGAAAGGGAGUUGAAUUUGAACUAACGCCGUACGAAAUUUUAAUGGACGACAUUCGGAAAAGAAGGUAUCAUCUGAGAAAGACACCAUCGCCGAAGCCGCAUUUACGGAAAGACGCGCAUGCUGUUAUUCUUGAAUUUAUUCGGAGUAGGCCACCCCUGAAAAAGGCAUCUGAAAGACAGUUGCCACCUCUCCAAAAGGAAUGGACUGUUCGGGAAUUGCUCAUGGAAAGUAUAAAGAAGCCGCCAAAUUUAAGACCUUCGCGCAAUCGAUACGUUCCAAAGAGCGAAAGAAUAUCUCCUCAGUGCGAUCAUAUCCAAAGUGCUAUCGAUGUGAAGGGCAGCGAGUCACCUUCAAUGCCGAUGAAACCUCCUCGAAGGGAUCUGGACAGUUCGAAUUCUGCGACCAGUAGAAGGAAAGUAAUACCUGUGGAUUUUGAUUUGAAGCUUGACGCGGAAGACGAAGAUGACGACGAAGAUUACAAUGAUGAAUUGGCAGUAACAAGAUUUGAAGAAGACGAUGAAGGAUCGAAUUAUUGGCAAUUGAAAGAGGAUUAUACGUAUGGUGAUAGGGAUAGCGCUCGCGGUAGGCAUAAAGAUCAAAGGGAUGACGACGAGGCUGAUUCUGCAAACCCUUGGCGAAGAACUGGUGGUUUACGUUUAACCAGGAACGAGUAUCAUCGAUUUUGUGACACCCAGCUUGAAUCGUACGAUCUUGCGACGCAGUGUCCAUCUAGAAGAGCGUCGGCACGGAAACAUGCAAGACGCAGUAUAGCACUCACAGCGUUGACUGGUACCACGUCUCUUCCUCAUUCGAGGCCACAGAGCCGUCAGCACAUAGGCGCAACAGAGUCGUCGUUAAGUCAAGGUCCGAGUCCUAAUAUCAGCGUGAAUCCUAGUCCGAGUUUGAGCCCCCAGCCGAGAGCAAGGCAACCGCGACGAUCGCAAACUAUUGCCGAAGGUACAAAGGACAGUGAAGAUCAGAACGAAGACUGGCAAGAUGAUAAGGGACAGAAGCCUACGUUAGGCGACAUGUUCCUGGAUGAAAGGCUUUCUUUAACUCUGGAAGAGAUUGUGCAUAUUCGUAGUGUACUAACCAAAGCAGAAUUGGAAUCUUUGCCCGUAGAGGGUCGAGUAAAGGAGGAUGUAGAGAAACGACGCGUUUGUUUCCUUUGCUUAAAAACUAGAUUCGGAUUGUUAGGACCGUGGGGGCAACGUUGUCGUUUGUGCGAAAGGACAGUAUGUGUGAAGUGUUACUCCAAAAUGCGAAUACCAACAGAACAUUUCGCCCACGUCCCGGUAGUUUUAUUAUCUCCUGGUCUUCUUCUUUCCCCAUCAUCUUCAGAGCCAGACACUAGUAAGAGUUCUUGGUUAAGAGGUACCGGAGCAGCUGGAUCUGCACCGGCAUCACCAGCCUCCAGACGCAAGAAUUCGUCGUUGAAAAGCGUGACACCUUCAUCCACGCCUACUACUACACCUGUUUUGAUACUCACACCGACCUCCACACCGCCUUCUCAUGCUCGUCGCGAAACAGAGACUCAGGACAAAAGGAGUUGCAAAAGUACUGGCAGCCCAGCCAAUGUACCAUCACCGAAGGCAUUCUCCAGUUUUACUAGUCAAAGCUCGGAACAACGAUUAGUCGCAGAAAGAUUGAGAGGCGUCUCUAUGGUAGUCUGCCAUGACUGCCGUAUUAUGGUGAUACAGAUAAUUAAGAGUUCGAGAACAACACGGGCUACGAUACGGAAUAACGUUAUCUCGCGACUUACUUUGAAUCUUUCGCCAGCCUACGUUUGAAUUCUCUCCGAUAAAGCGAAGCUCUAUGCACGAGAUUUCUGUUGGAUAAAAUGGUGCAUCUCGUUUUCGAUUCAGCUAAUGAGUAACAUGCUAUUUAUGCCAAUAAGUGAGGCACGUAGAUUAGAUUUCUCCCUCUUGUACCGGGUGUGCUCCGGAUUCUUGUGCUCCUUACGCCACAAUAUCUCCUACAAAUAGUCGUGGCUACGUUUGAAAAAAAAAAAAAAAAAAAAAAACAGGCACAACAAGUGCUACAUAUCGCGAAUAUAUCGCACGUUUGUUUCUUAAAAAUUUAACAUUUAACGUUACUUUUUUGUGGAACUUUGUUUUAAGAAACGAAGUUCUUUCUUUGAGUAAGUUCGUUCAAUUUUUUGUCUGUGCAAAAGAACUGUCACAAGAUCAAAAAUUUCGUUCGAUUAAGUUCGAAGCGUUGAAUAUAUUUUAACACAAAUAAAGAUUCAACGGAAGAAUCUAAUAUAAAAAUCGGCACACAGUGGCAUUUAAUAUAGUCUACGUACCUACAUCAGGCUUACAUCUAAGUAGAUCGUUAAUGCAUGCAAAUUUGAAAACGAUACGAUUAGAAUCGAGUAUUUAAUUACGAUAGCUAAGGUUCCAUUUGGUUUUCUCAACAACAAUGAGCUGUUUUUCGCUUUCCAUUUCAAUAAUCACUACUAAUAAUUAUAUCGAUUGAAAAAAAAAAAAAGA